AUGGAGGAAGUUGCUAAAGAAUUGGAUCAGGAAGCAGUUGGAGAGUUUGAAGCAAAGGAACAGCUUGUACCAGAGGAAGCACUGACCAUACCAACUGGCCCAGUUACAAGCCCAACACUUGGGAUAAAGAAGCAAGUGGAUCUUAGUGUGCUCUUUUUCCCUGCCAAGGUUUUGUCCCUUUGGGUUUUCCUUGGUACUAUGGCGGAUGGAAAGGAAGAUGAAGAGGAUUCGAACAAGAGUCUCAGUGAAUCCCUUCUGGAACAAUCAAGAAGCUCAUGA